ACAAAAAAAGAACUCGGUUUUCGUUUAAGCUCUAUGCACUCGAUUUAACACGACUUGCGGUUUACUAUCAGCACACGAGAUAUCUGACAUUCCGCCAGGGCGAUGUGCGGGAGGCUGGGCAUAGUAACGCAACAUAAAUUUGCAAUAAUGGUCAUUCGGCUUCUAUUAUUAGGCAUACUUGAAACAUUUCUGCUAAUUGGAGGCGAAUGUAGAAAGGAUUUUGCUUGGUCCACUGAUUCGCAUCUCUUCGACAGCUGAAAAAAAUGAAAGUGACAGUCACUCUCUGUGAAACAGUUGAGCUGAGCACGCCCGUGGUUUGCAUUGCACAGUUGGAAGGUACUCGUUUCCCUUGCGUUAACGUUUAAUCAUAAUAACUAUUCUUUACCAUGUCUGAGACUUCAUGAAUUUUCGUUUUACAUCGCUAGGUAGUCGUAUUGUUACUUCGUAACUGCAUUUCAGGCAAAUAACUCUUUGAAAAUGCCCUCUUUGCCGAUAAUGUACUUUUUACGUUGCUAGUACUUAGCUCGUACCGUAUAAAAUACGUAAAAUUAUUCUGCAAUAUUUUAUUAUUAUUCAGCUUGGAUAUGGAAAUGAAUUCAAGAAUCAGGUCUCUCACUUGGAAUAACCAUGAUAAUAUGGUUAAAAAACAAUUAGAGAUGUUUAUGAAAAGCUCUGUUUUAGCUGAUUGCACAUUAUCAGCCGAAGGGCAGCAUUUGAAAACUCAUAAAAUAAUCUUGGCAGCUUGCAGCCACUAUUUUGAGACAUUAUUUAGACAAGAUAAUAUGAAUAAUUUUGUAAUUGUUCUGAAAGAUGUGAAGUUAUGUAAUUUGAAAGCAUUGUUGCAUUUCAUGUACUGUGGUGAAGUAGUGGUCUCACAAGACCAUCUUAAAGACUUCAUAGAUACUGCAAAAUCCUUACAGGUCAGGGGAUUGGAAGAUGAGUACAAAAAAUUUGAUCUAAGAAGAACACCUAAAAAAUCAAGAUUGGAUAUAAUCAGCACAACCCAUGAUAUAACAUCUAUGGUACAGAUGAAAACUAACUAUUCUGAUUUGAGUGACAUUGAUGAAACUACUUUGACAGUGGGCAUCAGUAGACUGAGUGUGAAUUCUGACAACUAUUCUCCCUUUCACAUCCAAAACACUACAAUUCCAAUUCAUUCCUUUCCUACUCUUACAACAUUUGAUUUAAAUAAUAUAAAAUUUAGUCAGAUAUGUGUACCUGAAAUUAAAUCUGAGGUCCAAUGUGAAUCUCGAAUCCAAAAGCCUGUAAAUAAGAACAUGGUUCAGUCGCCAACUUCAGACCUAUUAGAAAAGAUCACGAUGCUGGACAACAAUAUUGAAAUUACAAAGGAGAUACCAAAAGACUUAAAAAUUCAGCAAACAACCCUGUCAAGUGAACCUGAAACUUGUGAGAAGCAGCAUCACAAAUCUGUUAAGACACAGGAAAGGAACACAUCAAAACCAAACACAAGAAAACACAAGAAAGCAAGAGAUGUGCCCAUAGAAAGAAAGCUCCUUGACUUGACUACUUCAGUGAAUGCUAAUAAUAAUAAAAAUGAUGAUAAUAGACAGAACGAGAAGGAAAAACUAGAAAUUACAUUGCAAUGUUGGUUACUCUUGUCUCGCUGUCGGGGAAAGAGAAAUGUUAUGUUUCAAAUUUGUUUACUGUUCGUAGACGUGCAGAUGUGUGAUAUCAUCUCUCUUACUUAUGAUGAAUAUCUGGGAGGAAUUGUUGAAAAUUUCAAGAAGCUAUUAGAUAACAAUGUGUUGCUUGAUUGUACAAUAUCUGUUGAAGGGCAGUUUCUGAAAGCUCACAAAAUAGUUUUGUCCGCUUGCAGCCCGUAUUUUGAGUCAUUGUUUUGUCAAGUGGGUGAGCAGUAUCCAACUAUCAUUCUGCCUGAAAUUUCUUACAAUAUCCUGAAAGCUAUAAUUCAAUUUAUUUAUAGUGGAAAAGUUAGCAUUCCUCGGAAAGAUCUUGCAGAUGUGUUAAAAUGUGCGGAAAUGCUGCAGAUAAUGGGACUUGGAGGAGGCAGAAGUAUUGUGGAAUUGACUAAUGAUGAUAAUACAGUUCAGUCUGUGACUGAAAAUCAAGAGGUUUGGCAUCAGAGUAAAAUAGAAGAUGAUGUUCAAGUGAUUGGAUUCAAAACAACGUGUUCUCCAGAGCCGGUGAUCGUGGCGGUGGAGUCGAUGUCGCAGGAGGCGGCGGCGGGGGCGGUAUUGACGGUGCCUCGGCGCCCGCGCGCCCGCCCGCCCUCGCUCUCU